CCCUUGUGGAAGGAUGGGAGGAGGGAACAGGGAAGGAGACAUCACAAAGUCCCAGCUACGUAGGUGGUGGGUGUAGGCUGUUCUGUUUCAAAACUUGCCUUUUAGGAAAUUUUUUUCUUUAAUUUGCCUAACCUGCUUUCACUACACAAGUUUUAUUAUUGUGGUGCUCAUUUGUAUUGCAUUUAAUUUCUACUUGCUUAUAAAUGUGAUGGUAGGUCUUUUAAAAUGCAUAUUUUGUUUCCUGAAGUAGAUUAGACUGGCUAAUUCCCCAGUUAUAUUGUAGUUUUAAACAACAUUUUCUGUUGUUUUUCUUCUAAGUUGAUUUUUAAAAUACACUAAUAAUAUGUGAAUAUAGUCUUAUAAAAAAGUCAGACAUUACAGGUAAGUCUGAAGUUCCCAUUUAUCAACCUAGCUCCCAUCCCAGUGCCUUUUCCCGUCCUCAGAGUUAAUCACUGUUAUCAGUUUUAAAUAAGCCCUGCCAGACCUUUUUCUAUGCAUUUACAACAUACAUAAUUACGUUUUAUAUAUAUAACUUUAUAUGUGACACACAUAUAUGUAAAAAUUAUAUGUAAUUAUUUCCCCUCUAUUUUUCACAACUGCCUGUGGUAGUCAGUAAUCAAUAGAUAUUAAAUAAAUAUUACAGAUAGCUGAGAAGGGCCUGAACCUGAGAGACUAGAAUGAGAAGUGAAAGGUCAGUUCUAACAUAUGAACACACAUUAUAUGUGUCCAGCUUGCAAAACUCCAUUCCAUAUUUGUUCUACAUAUAGUCCCCAGAUACCAGUGGACAGGCCAUGGCUCCAUGGUCCCAGCAACAAAAGCACAAGAAACCCCCCUCAUCGGUGGCUCCCAUGGUUGUGACCCCACCCAAGGCUGUGACCCCUGUGCCUCUGACCCUCUCAAAACGCCCUAGCAUUGAUGCAUUUGGCUUCGUCUCUUUGGAGAAUAAUGUUCCUGGCCUAUCCCAGCUGAUCCUGCAAAAGCUGAACAUGAAAAGCUAUGAAGACUACAAGUUGGUGAUAGAUGGGGGUACCCCUAUAUCAGGCUUUGGAUUUCGAUGUCUUCAAGAAAUGUUUCAGAGGAUGGAGGACACAUUUCGAUUCUGUGCUCAAUGUAGAGCACUCCCUAGUGGCCUUUCAGACUCCAGGGUCCUCAGAUACUGCAAGAGUUGCAGAAAUGUCUAUUACUGUGGUCCAGAAUGCCAGAGGUUAGACUGGCCAGCACACAAGAGGGUCUGUCAAGUGCUGCGUCUUGUAGCUGUGGACCGUCUCAUGGAAUGGCUUCUGGUUACAGGUGAUUUUGUCCUACUCUCAGGACCCUGGCCAUGGCCGGCUGAAGUUGUACAGGGCUGGUACACCUGGUUUUCUAUGUGGAGGUUACAUCUAAAUUCUACACUGGAUGCUGUGCUAGGUAGUCAUGCCAUGACCACCCUGUGGGCCAGUGUAAGAUGACCAAGGCCAGGCUCAGAUGUUCUGCGGGACUCUUUGAAAUGGCUGCAGACAGAUACCUUGUCACAACCCUUGACUCUGGGCUUAGGGCUUCGGGCCUUGGGGACAGAUGUCGGGAAGGCUGGCGGAUGCACAGUGAAUGUGGUUGGUGCUUCCCAUGUGGAGACAUUCCUCACUCGCCCUGGGGACUAUGAUGAGCUUAACUACAUGUUUCCUGGACACCUUGGCCUCCGUGUGAUCAUGAUUGGUGUAUAUGUGGCUACUGACUUUUCACAGAGCACCUCAACUUCACUCCUGGAACCUGGCACAUUUCAGCUUAGCAGCCAAAGAGGUCUCUAUCAUGGCUUCUGGGAGGAGCAGGUAGAGACUGGGCAGAUAGCCCAUCAAGAUUUGGUGGUAGGAUUCCAUCCAGGUUUCCAUUCCUCUCCAGACUUGAUGGAGGCUUGGCUGCCCACCCUGCUGCUGCUUCGUGAUUAUAAGAUCCCCACACUGAUGACCAUUUACAGCCAUCAGGAGUUGACAGCCUCUUUGCAGAUUCUGGUGGACCUGGAUACACACAUCACUGCCUAUGGAGCUAACCCUUCCACAUCCCUCAAACCCAAACAGGUCUAUUCCAACCCCAACAAGCAGCCAGUAUACUGCAAUGCCUACUAUAUCAUGUUUCUUGGAAGCUCCUGCCAGCUGGAUAAGAGACAACUGGAAGAGAAAGUGGAUGGCAGGGUUUAAAUAGCUGAGCCAAAUACUGACUGGUUGCCUGGAAAGCUGGGAGGUUGUGAUGAAAUUACUCUUCUAAUGUCAGAUUGUUGCCAACUUUGAAACCCACUAUAUCCUCAAUCUCAUUCGUUGUCCAGGUAAAGAUUCUAAGCUGAAUGACAGCUCCUAUGAUGUGACUUAUUGCUAAGAGGUUAAACCACAGUAGCUUCUAGGGACACCAGUCUUGGUUUAAUGGGUGACAAGGGGCCCUGGUAUCUGUCUUUCCAAAGACCGUGUUCCUAACAGUUUCCUUUGUGAGAAAGUCGUAAUUCUUUUUUUUUUUUUUUGAAAGUCGUAAUUCUUGACUUGAACCAGAUGGCAGUAUCUUCUACUAGAGAAGAAGAGUGAGAAGAUAACUACCUUAUUCUGGAAAGAAAAAAAACUUAUCCAGCAAUUU